AUGGAUGAUUUUCCGGAACUUUAUUGCAUUUCUUCAUUGAAAAAAGUUUCGGUAGCGGGGAUGGGCGGAUGGAACGGAGGGGUUUGGAGAUGGGGUGAUUUGGGUAUUUCGGAUUUGGUGGUUGUGGAGGCGGGUUUGGAGACAAAGCUAGCGGUUUUACGAAACCGGUUAGUAGCGUUUGGGGGAGUGCAUAAUGCGAAGGAUUCCGUCUUUUGGUCGCUUGAUUUGGUGAAGGGGUAUUCGGUUUCUCCGUGUUACUCUUGUUAUGCCUCAUCUCGUAUUCCGUACGGUCCGCCUAAUAAAUUUGAUGAGGCGUUGGAAUUGAUUUGGAGGUUGGAAAUUCCUUUUAAGAUAAAAGCUUUUGCUUGGAGGCUUUUCGUGAAUAGGUUACCCACCAAAGAUCUUUUGGUGUAUAGAGGUUGGCGGCCUUGA